UCUGUUCCUGUUUAUAUGAACACGAUCAGCUCUGGAUGUUGUUUUAAUGUAGUUUAUGAAGAAGAGAAAACACAAGAGCCAAGGUCUUCUCGCUGCGGCUGUGAGCUGCAGGGAGGGUUGAGUCUCCACGGUUCUCAUGGUGUAUUUAAGUUCCAGUCACUGUUCGGAUAUUUCUAUCGUCUCAUCGACAAACACCACUCCGUUAACGUCAUGGCAGAAGUCGCUCCUGCAGCAGCACCAGCCCCGGCCACCGAGGCGGCUCCAGCAAAGGCCCAGAAGAAGAAGAAGGCAGCAGCGGGCAAGACCACCAAAAAGUCUGGCCCGUCCGCCAGCGAGCUUAUCGUGAAAGCUGUGAAAGAGUCCAAAGAACGUAAAGGACUCUCUCUGGCCGCCAUCAAGAAGGACCUCGUCGCUCGCGGUUACGACGUUGAGCACAACUCCGCUCAUGUCAGACGCGCUCUGAAGAGCCUGGUGCAGAAAGGCGCCCUGGUCCACACCACCGGAACCGGAGCGUCCGGUUCCUUCAAGGCAGCCAAGCCGGCCGAGAAGCCUAAAAAGGCAGCCAAGAAGCCCGCCGCUAAAGUAAAGAAGCCGGCGGCAAAGAAGGCAACUGCAGCUAAGAAACCAGCCACCGCCAAGAAGCCCAAAGCAGCUAAAGCCACCCCGAAGAAAGCAAAGAAGCCCGCGGCAGCUGCAAAGAAAGCUGUGGCCAAGAAGGCAAAGAGCCCAAAGGUGAAGAAGACUGCAGCGCCGAAGAAAGCAGCGACCCCUAAAAAGCCUGCAAAGAAGGCUGCAAAGCCCAAAGCUGCAAAGGCCAAGAAGGCUACCCCAAAGAAGAAGUAAACUCCCUGCUUCUUAUCAACAAAAGGCUCUUUUCAGAGCCACCAGCUGUUCCUCUGAGAGAUCCUCCUGUUGACCAUCGGACUCCUUUAUGCUUCAUGUUGGCUUUAUCACAGACUGUAACUGGACUGAUUCCUGUCCCACCUGCAAUCUGGACUGUAAAUAUUCAGUGAUAUUAUUUUUUUUUUUGUUGUUGUUUUUUUUUUUUUUAAAGGCUUGUAAAUAUGCUUUCUGAUGUGCUGUGAACGUGUAGUGUUUGCACUUUUUAUUCUAAAAUCUGUUCAUGAAUUAAACUUAUUUUUACAUCAAUAUUGCUUUUGUUCCUGUUAUUGUACAGAGCAGUGUUAGUCUUUAAACUGUUUAAACUCGGGUGGAAGGUGAUGUAAAUUAUUUGCACCAAGUUUCCUUGUUACAGCCAAAAUUGAAGGGUUUAAUGUUAAAAGCUGGUUACUAAUAAUACAAGGAGAAAUAACACUAAACCAGUCA